GCGCCAGUCCCUUCCACUCCUUCCAGAUGACAAUUGCCGUCGCGCGAGGCGAGAGAGAGCGAGCGAGCCCCGUGCGCACCCGAUAACCUGCGCAUAAAUCCCGCUGGUGUGUGCAUGCGUCAUUCCUCCACGUCCGGGAGCAACACACUGGCCGUACGCCCGAGCAGGCCGAGCAAUAAACCGUUAUCGCACGAAUUACAAGCAAUGGUGGCCCAUACCGUACUCCUGGACUUCACGGUGUCCAGUAGCGUGAUUGCCGAUAUGGAGAAGCGAUCCGGGCUGAAAUCGGCGAUCGCGAGCGUACUGGCGGAGCAUUUCGCCGGCCUCAAGCCACUGACAGAGUCUAACAUCGACGGCAGUUUGCUCGUUUUAUAUACCGGACCCAGGGGCAGUCUGAUCACUGUCAGGGGGUACACGGAGGGUCUGAUUACGUUAAACAUCGAGUAUUACAAGCAGGACGACCAGGAGGCGCUCUUAACUUUCGAGCAGUGGCGAUACUUGGAAGCUGAUGUUGCCAUGGCUUUGAACAGCCAGCGCAGCAAGCGUUUACCGCCAGUAAGACGAGGAACCAUAUAUGACCUCUAUCUGACACUAUCAGACGAGCGACUGCUGGAGUACGACAUCGACAAGCUCGUGUUCGAGGCUAGAUCACCGUAUCAGAAGGUACAAAUUGUGCACUCCAAGUCGCUAGGCAAUCUGCUGGUACUCGACGAGUUGCAAAACAUGUCCGAGGCAGAUCUUAUAUACACAGAAACGCUGAUGCAACGAGGCAAAGAGAAUUACGCUGGCAAGGAGAUAGUGAUACUCGGUGGUGGCGACGGCGGCCUAUUAUGGGAAUUGUUGAAGGAAAAACCAAAGUUUGUCACGAUGCUCGAAAUUGACGACAUCGUCAUGAAAGCCUGUAGCCAGCAUAUGCGGAGCAUAUGUGGCGAUUGCCUAGACAAGAGAAAGGGCGAUAAUUAUGAAAUCAUUGUCGGCGAUUGUGUGAAAGCGUUAGCCCAUAUGAUCGAAGAAGGACGACAGUUCGAUUACGUCUUCGGCGAUCUGACGGACAUUCCUAUCAGCACGACGCCACAUGGUGACGCCUGGGAUUUUAUUAGACUAAUUCUCAACUCUUCCAUGAAGGUGUUGAAGUCUACCGGAAAGUAUAUGACGCAUGGAAAUGGUGCGUCUUGUCCAGAAUCUUUGAAGAUGUAUGAAGAAGUUCUAUCUCAAUUGUGCGUGCCGGUCACGUUCACGAAGGAUCGCGCUUUUGUGCCAUCUUUUUUCGAAGAUUGGAUCUUCUAUCAAGUCUCACUGAAAUGAUGGAGCAAAGAAUAUUCGGACAGGGCCUGGAGGACCAUUACAAACCGGCCUCCUCACAGUCUGCUGUCUGUCUUAUGACCCAAGCUCUACUUCCUAGUUCUAGCCUUAUUAAUUAAUGAAAUUAGUUCCUGAGUGAGACGAAUCAAACUAUUAUUAUUAAUUAGUUCAUUUUGUAAUGUUCUCGAAAAAGAUUUUCUCGAAAAAAAAAUUUUUUUUAAUGUAACGACAGCGUUGGAAGGUAAAUCUAAAAACAUAAUAGAUAAUAACGGAGAAAAGAAGUAUAUAUAUCUUUUUAUAAUGCAUAAUAGAUAAAUAUCUUAUCCUUUAAUUUGGUUUGUUUUUUUUAUCAUCUUCUGGAUGCAAAAUUUAAAUUUAAUAUGCAUUACUUCUUGUCGAAAUACAUCUUCCUAAUAAAUUUAACAAUUUUUCAACGUAUCAUAUUCCAACUUUUGCCUACUCUCGUCUAUUUCUUAAAAACAGAUAAAUUUACAUAGUUAUUACCAAUAUUUUGGAGUGCAAUUUCGACAGCACUCUAAAAUACCUAUACAUAAUAACUGUAUAUAUACAUAUAAUUUCUUCCAUCGCUGCCUCAGUAUCACGAAUAAGAAAUUGUUUCGUUUUCAUUGAUGAAAUAUUCAAAUGCGGAUAUUGUUUUUUUUUAAUGUGAAAACGUAUAGAUAAAAAAAUUAGUGCUGUAAGAUUUAGUUUGUUAAUCGCAGACAAUACAUAGAUAAAUUUUUGUUGUUAAUCCUUUAUUAAUCGAUAUAAAUUAAAUAUUAGAAAUAUAAAUUGCCUCACAUUUAAUUGUUUCUUUCUAAUAUUUCUGAUUAGAGUAAAAGGAUUAACAGCAAUGAUAGGUGCGCAUUUAUUAUCUCUUUGCUUUCCUUUCUUCCUUUUCUCAUUAAGUAGUUUUAUCGCGGUCAGUCUGUUUAUCCGCGAUAACUUGUAUAUUGAUACAUAUAUGUCGAUAUAAUAUAUCGUACAUAUAUAUAAAUAUAAAUAUAUUCUGUAUUUUAUAAAAGCUCGAUGUAAGAACGAUAAAAUUAUAUCGGGAUAAAUUAUUUUUCUAACAAGCGUUUUCCUCUGAUUUAAACAAUUGAUAAAAUCUAAAUAAACAUACUUGCAUUCAAUUAACCCUAAACAGUAUAAAAUAUCCACAUGCAAUACAUAUGGUACAAUAAAUUCGUAUUGGUGUACUGAAAUUUUUGUCUUGUGAUCAUUUUGUCGUAUAUUAUACAGGUGUCGCAAUAAAAAUAUUAGAAUUUGAUUUAAAGUACACUUGAGUCACGAAAUUUGAUAAUAUUGUAAAAUUACCGUAAAGCUAAUUUUGUUCUGAUGACACAUGUCAAAUUUAUACAGUUUAGGGUUAAUGAAGCUAAUAAGAAAUGCGUGAGCAUACAAAUGUGAAUUAAUUGAAACGACGAUAAAUAUUUCCAAUUAUUAGUUUUAGGAGUUUCUCCUAACUCCUUGUGCAAUUUCACAAGAAAUAAUUUAUUGGUGAUAUUAUUUUCUUACAGUAUUAGAUAUCGAAGCACAUUUUAAUACACAAUAUUAUCUGUUUAACAGCAUUAAGCGGUGAUAAAAUGCAAAAUAAAUAAUAACCCUAGAUUGCUUCCGUUUAAUGCUAAUAGUUGAACGAAAUUUUAAUCACAUCUUAAAAAUACUGAGCAUCUAAUGAAUUGGAACUGCAGAAUCUACUACUAUACGCACAAUUUAGUCAUAUAAGUGGAGAGAAAGGAAUUACGAGAUUAUGAAUUAAAUUGAUUAAUUAUUUACAACAGUAUCAUACAAUCGUGAGUUUUAUUUAUAAAAAAGUUUUAUUUAUCACUUGAAGAAACUGUCGCAAUAAGAUUACGCAUUUAUAAUAUAUUUGCUGUCAAAAUUCAUUGACCAACAAGCACACGUAGCACUUUCUAUAUAAACAAAAAAACUUCUACACGGUAAAAUAAAUACGCGAUAGUUUUAGCAGAAUAAAAACAGUCUUAUCAAUAAAAAAAAUUACAUAUAAUUCGGACUUUUAAGCACAGCAUUUUUCAAAAGGGCACUAACCAAUUUGUUUGAUGUCUCAAGAACGACAAAGUAUUCGUUGUAUGAACAAGAAAUACCACAUUAAGCAUCUGUGGCAGAGGUACUAAAGUUUAUCGAUGUACACAAUAAAUCUUUUACUCUC